AUGGAGUCAUCACCUGAUGAGAACGGUUCUGCAUGUAAGCGAAGGAGACGUAAGAGACCUUCACCAUCUACAGAAUCCCCUUCUAUCCGUAGGACCAGCACAGACAAUGCAGAUGUGGACUACCGGGACAUUCAUUUCAGUUUCGUUUCAAGCGAUAAUGAAUAUAGUGAGAGUAGGGAGAGUAUUACAGAUAUAAUGGGAGAAAAUGAAGUGCCCAAUAGGAUUGCUGCUGUGAGUAAACAUCAAAGAGAUUCUACAAUUGAUCCAGCCCUUGCCUAUGAAAUUAAAUUGAUGCUUGAUGAAGUUAAUCCAUAUGUAAAGCAGUACCAUCAUGUAGCUUCAAUUAUAAAUCGAGAUAACUAUGCUACGCUGAAGUUAUGCUUAAUUAGUUCAAGAUAUCAUGAUGGCCGCAUAUACAACAUGCCUUCUACUUCUGAAGUUGCAGCUUUGAUUGUUAGUGAUAUUGAUAACAGUUACAAUGUCAGAGAUAUUAUUGUGGAGUACCAAUCUGGAAUUCCCAAACGCAUUAAUGAGCUACAUGCAUGUUAUUUACCUCUUCAAUAUCCUUCACUAUUCCCAUAUGGAGAAGAUGGAUAUAGAGAUGAUAUUGAGCACAGAGAAGAGACAUUAAGUGCCACAAAGAAAAAGAAAAGGCUAAGCAUGAGAGAAUUCUUUUCAUAUAGGUUGAUGACACGUGAACUUGAGCUUUCCGUCUUAUUACAUGCCACAAGGUUACUUCAACAGUUCAUAGUUGAUGGGUACACAAUGAUUGAAUCUCAAAGAUUACUUUGGGUUAGGACACAUCAAAAAGAGCUUAGAGUUGAGUUGUAUAGAGGUCUUACUGAUGCAGUACUUAGAGGUGAAACGGAUGCGUCUGCUAUUAGGAAAAGAAUAAUACUACCUUCCUCUUUCACUGGAGGAGCAAGGUACAUGAUACAAAAUUACCAAGAUGCUAUGGCCUUAUGCAGGUGGGCAGGAUAUCCUGAUAUAUUUUUAACUUUCACUUGCAAUCCAGCUUGGCCAGAAAUCAAGAGAUUUUGUCAAAAACAAUCUUUGCAACCUUCAGAUAGGCCUAACAUCUUAUGUAGGGUUUUUGAGAUGAAGUUGCAUUCUCUUCUCAAGACAAUAAAAGAGAAGAGAAUUUUUGGCUCUGUACGUGCAGAGGUAUAUACAGUGGAAUUUCAAAAGCGAGGGUUGCCACAUGCACACAUUCUCCUUUUUCUUGAACCAGAAGACAAAAUCAACAAUGCUGAACGUAUAGAUGAAGUCAUAUCUGCUGAAAUUCCUGACAAAGAGUCUUCACCUAUAUUAUAUGAUUUGGUCCAAAAAUAUAUGUUGCAUGGUCUAUGUGGGGCAAACAAUCCAAAAUCUCCAUGCAUGAAGGAUAAGAAAUGCACAAAAUAUUUCCCCAAGAGAUUCGCUCAACAAACUACCUUGGAUGAUGAAGGUUAUCCUACUUAUCGUAGGCGAGAUGAUGGGAGGCAAAUAGAAGUUAAAGGUAUAGCCCUUGAUAAUCGAUUUGUUGUCCCAUAUAAUCCAACAUUAUUGCAGAUGUUCCAAGCACACAUUAAUGUGGAGAAAUGCAAUCAAUCAACUUCAAUUAAGUAUUUAUUUAAGUACAUCAGUAAGGGAAAUGAUAGAGUUGUUGCUGGAAUAUUUGACAAUAGUAGGAACCACGACGCUACAGGUUUCAUUGAUGAGAUACAACAAUACUAUAGUUGUAGGUACAUAUCUGCAUGUGAAAGUGCUUGGCGUAUUUUUGGGUUUCAAAUUCAUCAUAGAUAUCCAGCAGUAGAGAGGUUGAGCUUCCACUUACCAAAUCAACAGUUUAUUAUUUACUCUAACUCUGAUGAUGUUACGGAUUUAUUGGAUAAGCCAAGAGUUGCUGAGUCACAAUUUCUAGCAUGGAUGAAAUUUAAUUCUAAGGGUGGGCUUGCUGCUACAUUAACUUAUGCUGAAUUUCCUAAUCAUUUUGUGUACCAAAAAAAUAAAAGGCAAUGGAAGGAGAGAAAAAAAGGAUUUGCUGUUGGUAGGAUAAACCAUGUAUCAGCUUCAGUUGGAGAACUGUACUACUUACGAAUCUUACUCACCAAAGUUAAGGGGCCUUCGUCUUUUGAAGAUAUUAGAACAGUAGAUGGGGUUAUCCAUCCAACUUUUAGGGCAGCAUGUCUGGCACUUGGUUCAUUAGAUGAUGAUGCUGAAUAUAUAUCAGGAAUCUAA